CAUUAAACCAAUUCCAGACCAAACCAUGUGGGUUCGUACAGACUUUGAUCCAAUCAGCCCUCCUCCUCUUAGGGCAAAGAGUGGUAGACCCAAAAAAAAAAAAAAGGAGGAAGGGCCCUGAUGAGCCAAAAACUACUUCAAGUGGAGUGAGGAAGUAUUACACAACCCUAAAAGUGUGGACAAUGCAAGCAACCAGGUCACAAUGCAAGAACCUGCCCUCACAAGUCAACAAACAGCACUGGUGAACAAGGUGUGAUGGUGGUGGGAGGAAGAGGAAGAGGAAUUCAAAAUGAGGCUGGCAAAGGUAGAGGAGUGAUUGGAGGUAGAGGAAGAGGAAUUCAAAAUGAGGGUGGCAGAGGAAGAGGAGUGACUGGAGGUAAAAGAAGAGGGUUCCCCACUGCUAGUAGAGAUACUAAAGGAGUAAACAAUUGUAGUAGAGGUAAUGGUAAAGGUAGAGGUAGAACAAUAGGUCCUAACAGUGGAGCAAACAAUGGGUUGGUUGGAAAAGGAAGACGUCCAAAUCAGGGUAUUCUCAUUGGUAGGGAAAGAACUGCAAACAGUCAAAUGGUUCUUGGAAGAGGAAGAGGUGCAAACAAUGGAAAUGGUAGUAGAGGUGGAGGUAAAGGAAGAGGUGGAACCACUGCUGCACUUCUUGGUGUUGUCAUUAUAGAAAGAAAUCCAAACAUUGGAGUGGAUCUUGGAACAAACAAAGGUGCAAAGAGUGGGAAGGGUAAGGAGCCAAUAGUUGGGAAAGUCAAAAUACCAAUGACAAGGUUUGAAGGUGCAGAAUCUAUUGCCCCAAGAGUGGGUCUGCCAAUACCACAGGGUUGGAGGAGAUCCACAAGGAUAGGAAAUGUUUUUUUUUGGAAUCAGGCAGCAAGUUCAUCUGCAACAUCAUGUGGCAGUGGUAGUGGAAAUGGCAGUGCCACAAUGCCAAACACUCAUAUUCCUAGGCUAGACUCCCAAGGAGCAACUUCAACACCAAGUACCCAGAGAUCUGCCACUUGA